AUGCCCUCCCUUCGCCUCGGAAAUAUUGCCCCCGAUUUUGAGGCAGAUACUACUGCGGGACCUAUCAAGUUCCACGAAUGGAUCGGAAACUCCUGGGCGAUUCUCUUCUCGCAUCCUGGAGACUUUACACCUGUCUGCACGACUGAGCUCGGCGAAGUCGCUCGCCGCGCUAGUGACUUUGCUAAGCGCGAUGUUAAAGUUAUAGGAAUUUCUGCCAAUGGUCUCCAAGACCACCACAAGUGGGUCGAAGAUAUCUCGGAUUUCGGCGCGAAAUACGGACCAACCAAUAUUGCCGACGAGGAUCGAACUAUCUCCGUCCUCUAUGACAUGCUUGAUGAGCAAGAUGCGACCAACCGUGAUGGAAAGGGUCUUCCCUUCACGAUUCGCAGUGUAUUCGUGAUUGAUCCCAAGAAAGUCAUUCGCUUGAUCAUUGCUUAUCCGGCUUCUACGGGACGAAACUUUGAUGAGAUUAUCCGUGUUGUAGAUUCGCACUCAGCUUUACAGCUUGGCGAUAAACACCGCAUAACCACACCAGUCAACUGGAAGAAUGGUGAAGACGUCAUUGUCCACCCUUCUGUUACCAAUGAUGAGGCUAAGGUGCUUUUCCCUGAGGUCACCUUCCACAAGCAACCCUACCUACGCACAACACCCCUCAAGGACGAACAAAACUCACGAGACAGACAGAAGGAAAUACUGAGGCCGAGUCUUGUAUCGCACUGUUCCGAUGUUGGCUUUCUGGAUUUCAACUGCCUCGAAUGGUUUAGCCAGCUAGCUCAAGUUACAUGGCCUAGAAGGUACCCGCAUAACGGAAUUAGCGGAAGCUCGACGAAAAUGGGUUUGCCUAGUAUCCCUGCUAAUUCAAGCCAUCAAUCACCUCGCACGGCACCGAACAGCUUGUCGCUCAGUGUAUUCAUCAUGGACCUCCCAUCUUGCCGGAACAAUUGCUAUUCUGUCGUCAGGGCACUGAGUGAUGAUUUGAUCCGCCCGUCGAGCUCGAGUUAUGAUGACUGGCGGCAUCGCCCAACCCUCGCGAGUUCUCCACGAUCCUUGUGGUGCUGUCCAGCGUGA